AUGGUUGGCGGCUAUGGUUGUUCUUCGCGGUUACCAGCCAACAAGCUAUCACAGCGCACAAGGUCCAAAAGCCACUACCCACCAAGUGGCGUAACGAACGGCGGAAAUGGCACCCUAAUAACCGGCGGCGGUCGCUGGAUCACAGCAGCAACAAACGCCAAGCGUCCGGCGACGUCUUUUCUUCGACGGGGACGGGUAGCGACGGCAACCAAGGAGUACAAUGGCGGCGCUUCAGUGAGAUGGCCUGCGAACGAGAAUGCUGAGAAUGCCGGAGACAGAGAUGAGUUGGAGGCGAAUAAUGCCAACGAUGGGGAUGAGCCGGUCAUCAACACGGCGCAAAAGCUCGAAGAAAUGAUGCUCAGAACAACAAUGGCCGCUCUGUUUCACCCCACCACAAAGCUGUACUCUUUACCCCUCAAGGCAUUCGUCUCACACUCGCUUCACAAACCCCAGCGGUUAAUAAAUCGACAAAGCUACCCUCGAGCUGAUAGAACAAUCUUAUCCAUCAACACACCUCGUUCUCUAUCAUCUACAGCAGUUCCCAAAAUUUCUAACGACACGACUUCUGAUUUGGACAGCAGUUACUUGUCUUGCUCAAUGACCAAUAGCAAGCGCCCUCUCAAAAUUACGGUUCUUCUUAUUGGUCGCGUUGAUAGCAGUGUCGCAUUUCGCCUCCUCCACGCAGUCGGACACUCCUGCACCGCUUUCUACCUUACAAUGCAUAUACGAAUCAAAUUAUUCAGGUUUAUGCCCACAAUGUCUGGUUUCGAAUAUAAACUUAAUUUUGUUGGUUAUCUAAAAAUUCAAAUUGAAGAUUUCCAGAACUUUUGGUGUGAAUGUCCAUGGGAAGAGGAUUUAAAGUACGCAAAAGCUGUUUGCAAUCAGAUUGCUUUCUUCACCUUCAUAUUAUCCAUCUCAUUUUAUCUUCAGAUUUCUGUUAGUGCUUAA